AAAGCCUGCCCUAAGAAAAAGAAGAAAGCUUGUCCGAAAAAAAAGGCUUGUCCCAAAAAGAAAAAAGCGUGCCCUCCAAAAAAAAAGGCUUGUCCCAAAAAGAAAAAAGCGUGCGGUGCAAAAAAGCCUAAAUGUACUAAUCCAGGACCAAUAACUAAUAACGCGUAUUUAAACUAUAUACGUACUUUCCGUCGUAAAAAUUGUGGUCUUGAACCGAGAGAAAUUAUUAAAAAAGCAGCUAAGUGUUGGUGUAAACUAACACCAGAGCAACGCCUUCGUUAUCAAAAGCAGGCCUGUCAAGUUACGACCUCCUGUCGCAAGAAGAACACUCAACUGUGCAAAUGCGCAAGGAAGUCAAAGAAGAAGAAGUCAUGCUCUUAGAAUAAUUUAUAAAUAUCAUUUGUGUGGUAAACACAAAAUAUAUGUCAAGAUGUAUAUGAGAUAACAUCUCAUAUUAUCUGAUGUUAAUGAAAAUUUAAUGAAUUUUUGACUUAUAAAACCCACAAAUGAUAUAAUUCGUAACAAUCGGCCAUGACAAAAACUAGGCAUAUGUAGAUACAUAUGUCGAUGGUGCUACAUAUUGCACGAAUGUACAAACUGAUGUAGCCUUCACAAACUACCUACCAACUGUACGACUAAACUAAAACGAAA